AUGACGAAAACUUCUCGCUGGGAAGCACAGGUCCUGAGCUCUCAGAUCAGCAGGAAAACGUCCACAUCGGUGUUCACCAGCAGAACACGGCUUUUUGCGCGUGAACCCCCGAGCCCGUCCCACGAGCGCCGAGCCCUGCUUGCAGCAGCCUCGCAGCUCCUCCGAGGCAGCCCCGAAAAAAAGAGGGCGGGGGGAUCCUCUGGUAGGGGAGGGGGGAGCACGCCCCGCUCCCAUUGGCCGGCUGCUCACCCUGCUCCCAUUGUGACGCAGCGCCCCGCGCUCCCAUUGGCUAAGACGCGGGGGAAAGGGGCGCGGCGCCGGGGUCGGGGGAGAGCGGGGGCGCCGGGGCCGCUGAUCGAGAGCCCAGGCUGCAGCACGCUCAGGAGUUCCGUGCCGAUGGCCUUGGAUGUGGGAAAAUCCCUCUCUGAAACCUCGCUGAGCCAGAAGGCCAAGUGCUAUGGAAGGUGGGACUACACGGACAUACCGACAGGCUGCCCAGAGCUGGCUGACAGCAUGCACUGGCUCUUAGAGGCAGAGGAAGCCAAACCCUCCCUGGCUUUGGAGAGCCUGGCAAGGAGUGGACACGGUUGCUUGGUUGCUGACCUCACCCAGAGAGGCUCGAGCUACUGCAAAGAAGCACCUUCAGCCCCCACGUCCGGAUUUCCUGGGGUCCCUUCUGCACCCGUGGCCAGAGCUGCUCGUGGCGGUGAUUCCCACCCUCACCUCAGCCACCGUUUCUUCUCCUCAGAAGAGCAGCAGCAGACGAAAACGAUGGGCUGCUCGGAGCCCGCGUCCAGCGCUCCCAACGCGCAGAGCUCUGCAGAGGAGAGCAGCAUUGCGGACGUCUCUCACGACAUCUCUACCAGCCAGUGCAGCCAAAGACCCCCGUCCCCCUUCUCCUCCACCCUGGAGUCCUUGCCUCAGCCGACCCCCCUCAGCCCCUCGCGGAGCCGCUCCAGAUCGAGCUUCUCCACGCUCUCUUUAGAAGAGAACAGCGCCUCCGAGCAGCAGGAGGUGAAGCAAUCCCCGGGCUUGCCAGCUGAAGGGAAGGCACCGCGGGCACGCAAUCCCCUCGGUCCCCUGCUGGGUGAGCGUGUACCUGUGGGGCGUGUGAGGAAGAUGUCCUCCUACCAGGCUGAUUACUGGGCGUGCGCCAUUCCGGACUCCUUACCCCCUUCCCCAGACCGUCAGUCUCCCCACUGGAACCCCCACAAGGAGUAUGAGGACUUGCUGGAUUACGCCUACCCACUCAGGCCGAGGUACAAGCUGGGAAAAGCGCCAGAGCCUUUCUUCCACGAUUCAGGAAUAGAUUUGGACAGCUUUUCCCUUUCUCCCGAGGGCACUCUGACAUCCACCAGCGUCUACGGUCAAGGGUGGCAGGCUCAGGGAAGCAGAGAAAAUCCGCAUCGGGGGUUUGGGGCCUCUGCGAGGAGGUACUCGACCCCGGUGUCUGGAAAACCAGGCUGUGUGAGGGCUAUCUCGUACUGUGAACCUUCUGCUGCUGCAAAGAGUGCUUCCUCUAACGGCACAGCGGGUCCUUCCAGAGGUUUUCCGAAGGAUUUAAGGACAGAGUUAGCGGGGCUGAGUUCAUUCCAUCGCCCUGAUGUGGAUGGGAGCAGCUGGUGCCAUUUGAAAGGGAGCCCCUCUUCAAAUCACAAAGGACAGGCAAAAAGCACUAGCAGGUUUUUACCUACAACGCAAGUGCUCCCUCUGAGGAAAGAGUGGGACGGUGAUGAAGAAUUUCUUUCCCUGCCUCCUCGGCUCAGGGAGCUGGAAAGGUUGUCACAGAUCUUGUCCGAUCUUUCCUUAACUAAAAGGACAUCCAGGCAAGGCUACCAAACCCCUCCACCUUACAGCGACAGCCAGUCCGAGCGCUCUCCUUUCAGAGCAGCAGGCAGCAGAGACCAAAGAGAGCGCACUGAAGGUUUUCUUGGGCUGUGUCAUCCCUACAGCUCCCAAAAGCCCAGCUGGGAAAGCACUGGAUCGUGGAGCCGGGUCAAUAGGGAUCCUCUGAGCGGGCUUCACCUACCUGCAGGCACCAGGAGCAUGUUGGACGGGACGUGCCCCGGUGAGCUGGGUGUCAAGGGGCGUCCUAAAGAGAAGGGCCAGCAGGGCGAGUCCCUUGCCCAGUGCAUUAAGAUGUUUUGCUGCCAGCUGGAAGAGCUCAUUUGCUGGCUGUACGACGUAGCAGACCUCACGGACAGCUGGGUACCGCCGACGCCGGAUGCUGCGAGCGUGAAGGCAGCGCUGUGCCGUUACCUGGAGUUCAGGAAGGACGUGGCUGACCACCAGAGCCUGACGGAGAGCGUGCUGCAGCGGGGAGAAGCUCUCCUCGAGUGCAUGGCGUCGAACUCGCCAGCUUUAAAAGAAACGCUGGGCUUGAUCGCGAAGCAGUCAGAAGAGCUGGAGAGCCACGCGGAGCGCUUGUACAAGUCGGUUCUGGCUGCUGUGGAUCCCGUGCAGGGGCAGGACAGGGAGCAGGGUGACAGCAUGCGGCAGGCAGCAGCUCAGUGGGUGCUGCCUCCAUCAGACCUGGGCUUUGUUGGCUGCUCUCAGGACGGCUGAGCAGAACCCCAGCACACAACUAACCGCUACGUCCAACUCCUGCAGAGAUGCCAAAACGCGUUGAAUCAUCGUGUCUGGAGCUAGCCAGCGCGGGCUGAUCUCAACUUGUUUUUUACUGUGGCUUGAGACAGGCAAGCUGUGCAGUCACUUGGCUACUUGUAUUUCUAUUUAAUAUUGCUGACUAAGUUGGGGGGGGUGAGGAGGAUUGUAGGGCUGGUUCUUUUCUCCUUUUUUUUAAUGUAGCGUUCCCUCUUACUGAAGUGGCCUGUUCCAUGCAUUAGCAAAAUGUCAGGCACACACUUUUUUAAUCUGAGUAAUCCAUAGUGUGCAGUGCAACUCCUAAGUAAACCUGUGUGAUUUUAAUA